AUGCAUAAUAACGACGACAAGGAGAGUCCUCCCGGUUCUUCAACCGAUGCUAAUAACAGAAGAGGUCCAUGGUCUCCCGAGGAGGAUCGUCAACUACUUGAACUCGUGUCAGUUUUUGGACCUUCCAACUGGGUUCGUAUAUCCAAUUCUUUGGCAACACGAACUCCCAAACAAUGUCGAGAACGGUACCAUCAGAAUCUUAAACCGUCAUUAAAUCGGUCACCAAUUACAGCCGAGGAGGGAGCACUUAUUGAGAGUUUGGUAGCCAAACAUGGCAAAAAAUGGGCCGAAAUUGCCCGACAUUUAAAUGGUAGAUCCGACAAUGCUGUUAAGAACUGGUGGAAUGGCGGAGCCAGCAGACGACGGCGGCAAAGCACCCAGGAAGGGCAGACUUUUUUAGUGGGACAAGAGAACCACAACCAAGAACCAAACCAAAAUCACCCGAACCAAAACCAAAACCAAAACCAGCCCCCAUUCCACCAGAAUCAAUUCCAGAACCAAGUCCAGAACCAAGUCCAGAACGUCCAACCAAUGCUUCAUCUUCCCCAGCCCCAUAUUUCCCAACCCCAUAUUUCCCAGCCACACAUUGCCCAGCAGCCAUUGCAGCCCCUCCAACCAUUGCUGCAUUUGCCAGCAUCUUUCGGCGCUCCCAAAUCCCAAUCCUCAACCCAUCCGUCUCCGUCGCCGUAUCCGCUUCCCAACGUACCCCAUAUUGCCUUCAACACCCAAAUGUUUGGACCUCAUUCCAACUACCCUCGCGACUAUAUUGGCCACCAGGAUCCGUUUGCCAGACCGCCCAAUUUCCGCCUGGCUUCGUUCGACCAGGAAAACUUCAAAACCGCCUUUCCCCCGCCUACAAUCCACCCUUCAAAGCGACGUCUUUUGGACGACAAUCCAAGACGCCAUUCCACCACCGGUGCUCCCGCAGAUUCGUCUUCACAAGGUCCUCCAUCCACCUCUCCCAGUGGCACCAUUCUGCCUUACCAUUCACCACUUCUUCUUAGCCAUACCAGCAGAAACAACUCGGUAUCUCACGAACUUUACCUUAAUAGCUCGGGCUCGGCUCUGAUGACGGUAUCUCGCCGAUCAUCAAUUGCUCCUGAUUGGUUCCCCAACCCGAUCAAAGACGAUAAAGCACACAAGCGCAACGCAUCGCAGAACUCGUACUCGCCGUCGCUUACUCCGGUAAGCCGGUUUUCCGUGUCCAGUGCGGUGUCUAAUGCUACUUCUCCCAAUGUGGCAUCGGCACCGGCACCGGCGUCAGCACCGGCCCAAGCACCGGCCGGUGUGCCAACCACCACCAGUCCUUCCCGAAAGGACAAAACCAGACUCUCGGUGUCCAGCUUAAUUGAGUAG